AUGAAAGCGUUCUUCUCCGGCAAGACAGCGGGGUUCGACCCCACCAAGGUGAAGGCGAAUCUUCAGAUGGCGGUGUCGCGCGUGCGCAUGCAGAAGAACAAGCUCGUCAACAGCGUCAAGAUACAGCGACGACAGCUGGCGGAGCUGCUCGCGUUGCAGAAGUACGACGCCGCUCGCAUCAAAGUCGAGCAGGCGAUACGCGACGACGUGAGCAUUGAGGGCCUCGAGGUGUUGGAGCUCUUUCUCAACCUCAUCGCCAACCGCGUGCAGCUCAUUGCGGAGAUCAGUGGCGCUAAGGGCAAAAGCGGUGGCGGCGCUCACGUCGCGCACUGCCCACCGGAGUUGAAGGAAGGCGUGACGUCGGUGCUGUGGGCCUCUGCCCGCGUUGGCGAUACGGUGCCGGAACUGCAGAGCAUCAGGAAGUGCUUCGAGAGCAAAUUUGGAAAAGAGUUUGUUGCGAUGAGCAUUAACAAUGCUGAGUUCUCGGUGAACCAGAGGCUUAUCGACCGUCUUGGCAUCUUCACACCUUCGAACGAUCGCUGCUUGGAGUACAUCACCAAUGUUGCGGCGGAGUACGGCAUCGAGGGUUAUGACGAGGAGAAGCUGCGCGACCCGAACAGUCUUGUUGCCUCCGCAGCCGCGGCGAGUGGGGUUGCAAUCAUGAGCGGUGCGGCCGCGGCAGCAGGAAAGAACGGUACCGCCCCUGCCGCUGUGGCUUUCGCCACAGGUGCGGGAAGCACAACUAUUAAGACGCCCUCUGGGUUGGUGAUCCCUGCACUCACUGUGCCGCGUGACGAUUUGGAGUGGCGGCUGCUGCAGCUCAAGAGAGAAUAG